GCGAGCGGGGCCGCGGACGGAGUGGUGCGGCUGUUCGACUUGAACUCUGCGGGGAGUCUGCGGAGUCUGGAGUUUUACAAGUCCGUGAGUGUGAAGGAGCGGCAGCGGAUUUGCUGCUUGGCGUUCGGCAGCAGCAGCAGCAGCAGGGGGCUGCUGGGGGUGAGCAGCGGGGAGAGCUGCUGCUACCUGCUGAGCAGCGAGGGUUUGCUGCUGCAGCAAACCACGCGCGGCGACCAGUACAUCCGAGACCCCUGCAGCACGAAGGGCCACACGCAUGCAGUCCGCGACAUUUGCUUCCAUCCUGCUGCAGCAAACUGCUUCCUGACUGCAGCAGCAGAUGCAACAUGCAGGCUGUGGGACUUGCAGGGGGCCCCCCACGGGAUAGACCAGUCCUUAGCUGCUGUUUGCUGCUUGAAGGCGCUGGACAGCAGGGGGGCCUGCAGCAACGCAUGCGUUUGCUGCUGCUGCCUCUACACGCCUGCAGCAGCAGCAGCAACGGCCGUCCUCGCCGGCUGCAGCGACGGCUCGCUGCAGCUGUGGGGCGCAGCAGCAGCGGGCGCCGCCCGCAGCAGCAGCAGCAAACCCGACCUCAUCCUGCGCCUCGCGCACCCCCCCGCCCGCCUGCUGCAGCAGCAGCAGCAGCAGCAGCAGCAGCGGCGCGGCCGCUUCAUGGGCAUGGCCGAGGCCCCCCGAGACACCGAGUGUGGGGUUGCUGCGAUGGCGUUUGCUGCUGACGGCAGGUGUCUGUACACCCGAGGACUUGAUGGGUCUUUUUGUCUUUUCGAUCUUCGAAACUUUUCAAAAGAAGUUUUUCGAAUUCCAAACUUGCCAACAGCAUUUCCGCAGCAAGGAGUGGCUGUGUCUCCCUGCGGCCGCUUCGUGUGCACGGCCACGCAGCAGCAGCAGCAGCAGCAGCAGCAGCAGCAGCAGGAGGGGCGGCGGCGCGGGCCCGCGUUCUGUGGGGAGCUGCGGGGGUACUGCAGCAAAACGGGGAAGCCUGCUUUUGCUGUUAGCUUCGCAGCAGCAGCACCAACAGCAAUUCAGUGGCAUGCAGACACGGGAGAUUUGGUUUGCUGCUGCUCCGACGGGCGGCUGCGCGUUUGCUUCUCGCGCGCUGCUGCUGCUGCUGCUGCUGCGGCCCCCGCUGCUGCUGCGGGCGCGAAGGGCUGCGCGCGGCUGGUGGCGGGCCCCGCAGCAGCAGCAGCAGCAGCAGCAAAGGCCUCGCGGCGGCAGCAGGAGCGGGAGGAGCACGAGCAGCAGCAGCUGCUGCUGCAGCAGCUGCAGCAAAACAUCUUCGCGGGCGACGCGCUGCCCGAGGGCUACGUGGAAACAGCAGAUGGCAGACUUGUUCGGAAAAGAAUUAAAUUAAAAGAAAAAGAAAAACAAUUUGAAGAAACUCAAAAGACAAAACUUCCUCCAGUCCCCAGCAAGCUGGGCAGCGGGGGGCAGCCAGGUGCUGCCAGCAGCCGCAGCCUGCAGCUGCUGCAGCAGCUGCGCCUCGUGCCCACCCCGCAGCAGCAGCAGCAGCAGCAGCAGCAGCAGCAGCAGCAGGUCCCCGGCGCCACCGACCAAGACACGUUCCUCAAGGGAGUCGACAGCAGCAGCAAACUCACCUGGACUUCCACUUUUAUUUCCAGAGCUUAUGCAAAAACGGCCCCACGCCCAAUUGUUGCUGCUGCUGAGGAGCCCGACGCAGCAGCAAAAGUCCUCAGCAGCAGCAAAAGGUGCACUGGCUGCGGCCUCCGCUGCUGCCAGUGCGAGGGCAACAGCAACAAGCUCCUCAGACUCAGGGAGUGA